ACCACACACACUGAUCCCUACGGCCUGACAAAGACACAAUCGCACACUGUCUCUCACUCCUCCCGCAGAGAAGUGUCGUCUGUCUCCGUCCUCCUGUCCUCUUCUAGUCUGUCACCAUGGCGUGUGUUGAGACGUCCUCCAGCAGACCCUACCACCUGGUUAUCUUCGGAGCUUCCGGCUUCACGGGCCAGUUCGUGGUGGAGGAAGUGGCCCGCACCGUGUCUGAGGGUCCUAAGGGGAACCUCAAGUGGGCCGUAGCGGGCAGGAGCAAGCAGAAGCUGGAGAAAGUUGUGGAGCAGGCCGCCGGAGUCCUCGGUAAACCUGAGCUGAGGACGGAGGUAGACAUCAUUGUGGCAGAUGUAGCCGAUCCAGAUUCCUUGGCCGCCAUGUGCAAACAGGCGGUGAUUGUUCUCAACUGUGUGGGGCCUUAUAGAUUCUAUGGUGAGCCGGUCGUCAAAGCCUGUGUGGAGAAUGGAGCUCACCAGCUUGACAUCUCUGGUGAACCACAGUUUCUGGAGGGCAUGCAGCUGAACUACGACAGCCAGGCAGCUGACAAAGGUGUGUACAUCAUUGGCAGCUGCGGAUUUGACUCCAUACCAGCAGACAUGGGAGUCAUCUACACCAGAGACCAGUUCAAGGGUACACUGACUGCAGUGGAGAGCUAUCUGACGUUUGGUUCAGGACCUGAAGGUACAUGUAUCCACGACGGCACAUGGCAGUCUGCUGUCUACGGUUUUGCUGACAGCCAGAAGCUCCAGAGUCUUCGGAGGAAGUUUAACCACAAACCUCUGCCAUUUGUUGGCUCUAGGAUUAAACGCAGAGGAACACUGUUCUUCAGUAAUGACAUCCAGCAGUAUACGGUGCCCUUCAUGGGCUCCGAUCCGUCCGUUGUAAAGAGAACUCAGCGCUUCCUGGUAGAAGAACACAAGGAAACACCAGUUCAGUAUGGAGCGUAUGCAGGAAUUGGAGGCGUCGGCAAUCUCAUCAAGCUGAUGUUCACUGGUAUGAUUUUCUGGUUCUUAGUCAAGUUCAGUUUUGGGCGCAACCUUCUUAUCAAGCACCCUGAGCUCUUCUCCUUUGGGCUCUUCUCUAAAGCCGGACCAACUAGAAAGCAGAUGGAAGGCUCAUCCUUCCAGUUUGCCUUCUAUGGAGAGGGAUACACCGAGGGUGAGGACCCUUCACAGGGAAAACCUUCCGGAAAGAUCCGUACACUGGUUCAGGGACCAGAGUGUGGAUAUGUGGCCACACCCAUUGCCAUGGUACAAGCUGCCCUCACCAUACUCAGUGAGCCUUCAGCUUUGCCCAAGAGGGGAGGAGUGUACACUCCUGGAGCAGUCUUUGCAAAAACCACUCUUGUCGACCGCCUCAACAAGCACGGCAUCCAGUUCUCCGUCCUCUAAGAUGUGUCCUCUCCCGUGAUGCUGUACUCCAGGUUUUCUGAGCACUAACAGUAAUAUAAUCACAACUGUCAUGAAUAGUAACUGAGUACACAUUCAGACUUAGUUCUUUUUAAGUUUUUAUGCUUUUUAAUUGGUACUGUUUGCUUGAAUGUAUUAAUAACCCUCCUGCUUGUGAGAUAAACAGCACAAUGGUGGCAGCAUUUGAAAGCCCAGGACAGUUAAUGUCUCCAAUUAAAUUAUUAUAUUAUGAUUGCUUACAACAAGCAUUUCUUAUUUUAAGACGGGGAGGGGAACCAAAACUAUCCAAACAUCCACAUAAAAAAACAGCUAAAAUAAGUUUACAGUUCAAAGUUGAAGAUUGCGGUAUUGUAAAUCAGUGCCUGAUUUGUCCAUUCUCAGCUACUGUACAAACACGGCAGACUUAAUGGAACAAUAAAUAUGUCUCUUUUUUUAACACAUAUAUUCGUAAACACAACAUAGGGCUUCUAAGUUAUGACCAAAACCGUAAUCAUAUUUGUUUUUUUGAUUAAUAUUGAGAUUGUGAUUUAUCCAUUAGUCAUUCUAACAUUUUAAUUUCAAUGUUUUGUGCUUCAUUCUUGUUAUGUACACAUUUGGGGGCAUUUUGCAGGAGCCUCAAAGGCUUGGAGGACUAGAUUACAUCAGAACUGUAUAGAAAAUGUGUCCUAAGAGUAAAAAUACCCAGCUGUAAUUGUGUCAGUAAAAUAACUCCUACUGCCUGUAGCUGUGUAGCUUGUAGCCUACAGUAGCUCAUCAGCUGUACAAGGAUAAACGUGGUUGUCGUCGUUCUCAUCCAGUGCAGUGAAAAACUCUAGUACUACUGUGUUGUACUGCACGUAUGUGUUUGCAUUUCCUGGCCUGGCACUUAAAAUCCUGAUUAUUUGUUAUUUUGUUUCUCUUAAUAUUUUAUCAUCUUUCAUCUUUACUGAAUGUUGGUUUCAGUGGCUGAACGCCACAGCACUUGCACAGCCUCCCAGUUAUUUGCUUCAGAGCUUUGUCAGAAAACGCCUCCAGCUGUUUAUGCACACUCACAGCAAGAGUUACUCCAUGAAACUGGACACAAGUGUGUGUGUGACGUGUGCUUUGUUUCUGUAGGAUAUUAUGGGCUGGAAUAUUUUCACCUGUGAAGUGAAAUGAACGCUGUCCAGACUGGUUUCUAAGUGCUCUUGAGAGUUUGAGUGCUAUGUGCAUGUGACAGCCAUGUUUGACCUAAAGCUCCAGAGUUUAGUUUUUGUGUGCUUUGCUUUGUGUGGGCUCCCCAAAUAAAGUCAACGCCGCUAAAGAAACAA